ACUCCUCCUGUCUGUCAUGAAGAUAUUUGAUACCGCACCGCAUCACUGUUGGUGGAUUUGAUUGCUUUGAACCGUGUAAUUUCCUCUGGAAUUUCUCUUUUAUUUUCGUUGUUCGUUUGUAUGUUGUGGGUAUCUGGAUAUAUUUUCUGAUUGAUUACGAAUAACUUGUGAUUUUUGGCUUAGUUUUUAGAAGAUGGCAGAUCAAAAUUCUUCGGUGACUGAUACCUGCAGUAACUCUUCAUCUCCUGUACCUCUGGCACCAAAUGCCCCAAAAUAUGGCACAGUUAUUCCAAAUAGGAUAUUUGUUGGUGGCAUUUCAUUCCAGACUAACGAUGUAGAAUUGGAAAACUUCUUCUCAUCGUAUGGCCAAGUCAAAGAGGCAAAAAUUAUAACAGACAGAGCUGGCAUCAGUAAGGGGUAUGGGUUUAUAACUUUUGAAAACGCUGAUGAAGCUGUUAGAAUAAUCAAGGAACAGGGUAACAAUUUGAUAUUUAAGGACAAGAAAUUAAAUAUUGGGCCAGCAAUUCGUAAACAGCCUGUUCACUAUCCGAAGAAUGUUGACACAGCUUUCUUACCGAAUGGUGUCGUAAACGUGGUGCAAGCCCCAGCUGGUUUUACCUACACAUACCUAAAUGGAGUGGCCUAUUUCAAUCCCAAUGAAGUUGGACAAACACCUUUAGCGCACCCAUCGGCAAUACCACAGCACACUCACUCACAGCAGGCACCUGCUUAUGCACCAUACAGUGUCCCAGUUGUCAUGUCUCAUGCACCUCCUCAGUACAUGGCUUCCCAACCACAAAGCUAUGCAUUCCAUCAGGCCUCGCCAGCUACAAAUCAGCAAUGGACCUCAGCUCACAACCAGUGGAGGUGGAUUCCUCAGUCAACAGGUGGCACAAAUCCAGCCCAUCAUGGGGUUCCUCUUACGCCUGUCUACUCACCAGCAACUCCUGGAUCGGAAGUGAUUUAUUCUGCUGCUCCACACUACCAUCAACCUGCAGAAGUCCCCCCAGAAAUGUCUGUCAUGGACUCCUCCCAGUCAGAGGGUGCCUUAAUGGCAGUGGAUCCUCAUCAGUCCUCGUACCGUCACUACUCAAGCCAGCAGCAGCAACAGCAGCAGCAUUCGAAUGUCUAUAAUCGACCUUACAUGCCAGAGAUAGUGUACACCGGUGACCCUAAUAUGGCGGUUAUACCGGGUUAUGCGCCAACCCAUUUGAAGUAUGCUCCAAAGAGAGCUAUCAAGGCUUCCAGACAAGAGCGUACUGCCAAGACACUUCGUACUACCUUGCAAAGUUUGCCAAUGAACAUGGCUCCCAGAGCCAUAGGCUGUAAUGAAGAAGAGGCUCAGUAAGAAUAGUCAGUAGGGUGUUAUGUACCUAAUAAUCUCUAUUUACUUUGGGCUGUAUUAUUUGCUAUUACUUUUUAAUUUUAUUUGUUUAGUGCAUUGAAGAUUGAAAUGUGAAGAUUGGAAUGCUAUGUUCUGGCGAUGCAUGGGUUUUCGCUGGAAUUUUACUCAGGUCUAUAUAAAAAGUAUUAAAGAAAUAAGAACUGGAUCAUGAACUAAGUUGAUGAAUGGGUUAGCCAACAUCUAUGAGUUUAGUGUUAUGCCAAGAAUUGGUAUAAAGUACAUACUCAGUUUACAUCACAUGAUGGUCGAUUAGUCAUAGGUCAUUAGCCAGUAGUGAGCCAUUAGUGGGGGGUCUUAUGUUCGUAUUCAGUCAUUGUUAAUACAUACUGUACAUGGUAGUCAUAGGUCCAUAGGUAAGAGAUAGAAGUCAUUAGUUGAUGGUCACAGUCCUUGAUCAUUGUUACUAAUCUCUGUCCAUCUUUUGUAUGUGACAUAUACCUGUGAUUUUGCCAUAUAUGGCUAUGAUAUGGCAUCAUCAUGCUCAUAUAUGGACACUCAUAAUUCUCAUAGACAUACUAUUAGCUAAUAUAAAUUGGACCAGUCAUAAUAUAAUGUUAAUGAUUGGUAAUGAUAAAGUGCCUUAAUAUCAAAUAAGACCAAAGGAUAUCUUUGUGUCAGUAAUAUUGUUUACAGCAUUAGUUAUUGUAUUGUUCAUGGCUGACUAUUCAUUGCAUAAAUUUGAGAGUACAAUAAUAAUUAAGGUUUUUCCAUCUAUCAAAAUCUAAACACAAUUUUGUGUUCACUUCCCAAGAUAGUGAAACGUUGGCACAUCUUAAAAAUUGUUUUCACGUGUCUGCAUUCCAGUACAUGUCUACAAUUUUUUUGCACAUGCAUUAUCUAAACCUUUCCGCAAAGCGCCGCCCCUUGGAUAAUUGUUGCUCUGAUCUCACUAAACAACAGCGCAAGUGUACAUACGCACCUGAGUUUGUGGGGCAACACGUGUGCUGGUGGGACAAGCAUGUACUGUUAAAAUUGGUCAGUUGUUGAUAGACACUCCUGAAAGAUGAAAUUAAGUUGAUAUGUAAUAUCAUGUCAAAGUUCACCCAUUAAAAUCAUUUAAAUAAUGAUAAUUCAAUUCCUACUGUUAUUGUUAUGAAUACUUUAAAUUUAAUAUACUUUUAUAUUUUCCAUAUUUUUAGUUAUAUCCUUCCAUCUUGUGUCUGUUUACCUAUACUUUGUUGGAAUUUUGAAACAUUUGGUUGACCAGCAAGUAAAAUAAAAAAAUUAUGAAAAUUUUCAUCAGAGUAAAUGACAACGAUGGAACGAGACAAUUUUAGGGAUUUUUGCUAUAAAAUAACAUUUUUGCAUCUUCAGAUUUAUAGAAAAUUUUAAAUAAUGAUAAUACAUUUUGUAUAUUUGUCUGAAACAUGCUAGUGUCAUUAUUUCCUGUCCAUAGAUAUAAUUGUUUUCUUAUUGUUAAGUUCUUUAAUUAGUUUGUUUAUAGAAACUAAGAACUAUCUAGAUUGUGUAUUACAUUGGGUCUGUCAUAAGCUGAUGUAAUAAUAAUGGUUGGGAUACUGUACAUGGUUAUUACAUUCAUUUAACUAAUGUCUGUUGUGCCAUACCUCCAUGGUUGUGCAAACUUUUAUUGGUUAGUGAGGACUGGAAGUGACUACUAAACAACUAAUCAAUGAUGACAGCUAAGGAUCAUGUUUACACUUAAUCCACACAGCUAAGAUGUUUUCACUUGACAAUGUGGGCUCAACUAUAAGCAUGUGUCAGCUUGUGGGAGAUCCACUAAAGCCUUGUUAUUGCAUAGAGUGGUUAAUGUUUAAUAAGUCAGAAACCAAAGAUUAGUAUAUAACAAGAAUAUAUUAUGCCAUUUAUCAGAGAAAAAUGAAAGUUAUGUAAAUUAAAUAUUGCUGUCUUUAAUAAUAAUAACUAAGAAUGUGUUGAAUAGUACUAGAAUAGGUAAUUGUUGAGGGAGAUUUAUAUCACAAGUUCAUCAAAAUUGUGGAAGAGGAGAAGGAUACAGAUUAUUAUCUAGAUACAUGAUUGAUGAUCGUUUCUUUAACAUGUACAUUAAUGCUUAUCUCAGUAGAAAAGAUAAUGCUAUACAGUAAAUAGGUGUCAAGGUUUUAGUCUGUAUAGUGACUUGGUCAUUAUUAGGAAGAGAUAACAGGCAUACCAACAUACAUCUCUGAACUCCAUCAAGAUGUUGGUACUGUGGUACAAUGUACUUGUUACUUCAGCCUUGUUAAAAAUAGUUCAGUUUGUACUUGAUACUCUACUGUACUUGAAGUGUAUAAUGCAAGUGUAGUAUUGUUAUGUACAGAUGAUUUAGUACAUAGUUUCUUGGAUACUAUUGCACAAUAUUGCUUUAUUAAUGUCUUUUUCUACUGCUUACUAUGUACCAGGGCCACCAAGAAGGGAAACUGUAACAGGGUCAAGGUUUGGUGUGGGCUCCCAGUUACAAGGGAGAGAAAGAUUGCGCCAAUACACAAACAUUUUUUCGGGUGGGGCAACUUGUCAAUUUGGAGUACAAAAUAUUUGGGAAAAAAUGCUACCUUCAAUUUCUAUGGGCCCCUGGUAAGCUUGGGCCCUGGGAUCUUGCUACCACCACCCCCCCCCCCCCCAAUCAGGUGGCAUGGCUAUGUACUAUUUUCAUAGUUAUGAUAAAGCUUCAAUUAAUUUUAUGUAGUACUACAUAUUAUUGCUAUAUGUUUGGACUGAUUUCAAUAAUAGCCAAUAAUUACAUUUUUUAAUGACAUAAGUUUGUUUAUAGUUAAAGUCAGGGUCUGGAGGGGAAAAUUUGUUAUGUUGUAUAACUGAUGUUUCUAAGACACAAAAAGCAUAUUGGGCGAAAAAAUUGGAAACAGUUUAACUGAUAAAGAUUUUUGAAUAUUUAAAAACUGGGUUGGGGGAAGGGGCAUAACCACCCUUUUUCUCACCUACUAAGCCCCUCGCAAGCAAAGUCUGGAAACUAACCGAUCUCCUGUAUAUAUUUAUGAUAGAGUAUUUGCAUGUAUUUACUAUUGUAUUAUGAGAAAAUAACUUUUCAGUUUUUUUUUUGUUUUUUUUUACGAUUUUCUACUAGUGUAAACCCAUUAGUUUGUUCAGUAAAUGGAUCUAGGCCUUCAAAAAGAUGAAACAUACUUCUUUUUGUCAAUCCAUAAUUUCUAUGGAUCCUGCAGGGUGUUUUUUUGUUUGUUUUUGUUUUUGUUUUUUUCGUGUUUAUUUUGUUUGUAAUUAAGUUGAUGAUGUAAUAAAGAGAAAUGAAAAUGAAAAAAUUAUCAAUUGAAGUCAGCUGCAAUGGGUAUAUCACCACACUGCGAAAAUAGAUGUGUGAAAAAAAAGAUCAUUUAACUAGUCUCAGGUAUGUGGCAGUAGAAUGUAGUAAGCAGUAGAUUAGAUAUGAGUAGGAAAGCAUGUGCAAAAGAAAUUUUCCGCCUCUGCAUGUACCUGUUAACCUGUACAUAAGCGAACCAUCUUGUAUAAAAAUACAAGUUAUUUAAAGCUGUAAAAUCAGAUGCAAUUUAGCAAAUUCGGACAAUUGUUUUUAUGGUUAAAAUUCAUUUUUAUGGCUGACAAUGCAAUUCAUUUAUUUCUUAGUAUAUACUGACAUCUUCAUGUACAAUUUAAAAACUUGGUGCUGCUUUUACAACUCAAACGUCCAUGUAUAAAAGAAUAGUAUUUUGGUACAGUAGGUGUUUUUAAAAAUUUUGUUCAUAUACAGUGUAUGCCGUCCAAAGUAUUAUAUUUCUUUUAUGUUUUUAAGCAGUACGUGAUGCCUUUUAUUUAUGUCUAUGUAGAUAGAGUAGGUGGUUAUAUUGUCUAAAAAGAUACCUUUUGUUUGCUGCAAAGUUUGUACUGAUUUUGUAUGUUACAUGUGCAUUUUAAUGUACAUAUUAUGUCAAAUAUGUCAAUUUGUUUUAUAUUUUAAUGUUAUAUAAGGUACAAAACAUGGUAAACAUUGUUAGAUGUUGUGAUAUUAGUUCUUUCAAAAUUAAACUACAGUAAUACACGAUUUACACAAAUUAAAUGUUAUACAGGAAGUCUGUAUAUCUCAUUCGUGGAUAUUUAGAGCCUAUUCUCACCAAACACAGUGAGACUGAGGGAAAGUAGACCCCUGUCAGGGAACCUGCGCUUAUGAUGUCAGCAGAUUUAAAUUCACCUCAGAACAUUUCUGGACCCAUCCCUGCCAAAUUGACUCUCAUUAAACAAGAGGAUAGUCCCCUCUAUUAAAAUAAAUCGUAAUAUUUCCCUCGCCCACUACUGGAUCUUGGUAAGAAUAUCUAGCAGAGGCGGAUUUAGGGCAUCCGAGCCAGCCUUGGUCUCCUUUUUUGGAAGUGAAAAAAAUGAAGAGAACGAAAAAAGGGCAUCUAGAAAAUGAAAAUUCCUGGACCCACCCAUCUUGGAGAGUAUACAAAACAUUACAAAGUAUCCUGUGUAACAUGUUCUCCUUGUGUAAAUCUUGUGUAAGCUUUAAACAAAAUGGAGUGUGAUAUAAAAGUAAGAGUCAAGUUUAAGCUUCAGAAUUUAUAAAAAUUAUAUUUAUUUUAUGUUUUAUAUGUUUGCUCAUAGACAGAUCUAUACCAAAGGCCACAUAUUUUAAAGGCAUGAUUUUCUCAAUCUGACAUACUAUGGUGGUAAUCUUAGUACCUUCACUAGUCCAGUUUCUCUUCUGGGCAUGGCAGAAUGCUAGCUAAGUAAUGAUACUUAGCAUCACAUAACACCAUAGCUGUGCAAAUGUCUUUUUCUUUUUACAGAAAAAGUUUUAUAUUAAAUAUAUUUUAUUUUAUGUCUUCCUUAUUUUUCUUUGAUGUAUACUAGUAAGAGAUGAUGACUCCUGAGCCGGAGAAACUUAUUUUUAAGACGGUUGCAGGUGAAAUGAAUAGUUAAGUGUCAAAUAGAGAUCAUUGUAAUUAGUUGAUUGUGAGUCUAGUAAUGGGUUGGAUUCAGUGUAUGGUGAUCUUGAUGUUUCAUUAAUGUAGGUAAAGAUGAUUUGAUGUGAUUUAAUAGAUUUGUGUGUGAUUCUGUAACAUACAGUGCAAUGAGUAAGCAAUCAACCUAAAAAUCAACCAAAUCCAGCAAUUUAGUUGGUAGAUCAAGUAGAUACCGCAAGAAUAAAGAAUGACUUUGUUGUUCUGUGCAUUGUCUCCUCUUUGCUGUUUUCUAAAAAAAAAACCUCCUUCGUUGUUGGUAUACUUGUAGAGUAAGUGUAAAGAUUGAAGAUUCUAUUGUAGAAGUACAACUUGAACUCUUGUAGACUUUGUAAACUUACAAACAGUGAUUAUAUUUCAGGUGGAGAUGAAUAAAAGACUUGUUUGGAAAA